AUGGCAUCUUCAGCUCCUCGAGGCGCAGAGCGCAUGAUCCAUCAAGAUUACAUUGCGCGAAUUCGAUAUUCCAAUGCCUUACCACCACCUCCAAACCCGCCCAAGCUCCUCGACAUCCCGAAUACUGGCCUUGCCAGCGGUCAAUACACAACACCUGGUUUUGCUGGACGACUUGCGCGAGAACAGCCGCUCAAUAUCGAGGCCGAUGCCGAGCUUGGUAUGCCACUGGAUCUAGUGGGCAUGCCAGGUAUCUUCGAUGGUGAUGAGAGUUCUAUCCAAGCACCAGUACAGCCACCAGUACCUCAUCCUCAUGAUCGCGCUCUUCUAAGACCUCUAUCGACCCUUGGAAAGCCCAAGUUCUCGGACUCUGGCGUGUCUUUCCUUCGACGUACCGAAUACAUCUCUUCUUACACAUCUAAAUCACGAUUCGACUCUACGACUUCAAGAUCUUUGAUCGAUAAUGUUGGAAAUCGAACUAAGAGAGCGCCCCAAAGCAUCGACAAGGAAUCACCGACAUAUAUCAAAGCGCAGGUUGAGAAGAGCUUCCAAACGGCAGCAUCAAAUUUGAAGAAUCCUACAACGGUGCGACAUCCUUCAAAGCGAAACCUAAAGCUUGUGGAUGCGUACCCCCUUCUCCCGGAUCUCGAUUCCUUCCCAGAUGUUGGAGGAUAUGUCACUAUCAAGUUUCUCACCAACCCCGUGCCACCAAGUACGACCUACGACAUUCGCAUCGAAAACAGUUUGCUGAAACCAAUCGAGGGAACCGACGAAGAAGAGCUGGUGAAACAACAAGCAAGAGAGUUAUACGAGCGAGAUCCAGAACGUAACCCACCUCCAGACGACACAAUCGAGUACGAAUUCUUCAUGGCGGAAACGCCCUCCGGUGCAUUAAAUUUCAAGCGCAAAUUCGACGCAUUGGACCCCGAAAAUGACGACGAGGAACUCUACACCGAGAAAACCGGCACUGGCGAAGGCUGUUUCCGCUUCAAGCGAAUACGCGCCUACGAAAGUGCCCUACAAACUGGUUCCGUGGGCGACAAAUACGACGAGGAAGUCGUGGUCGCUUUACACGAUGGCAAAGAUGGGCUUCAUCAAAAGGGCGCUUACUAUUAUCCCAUUGUGCAGAGAACAAAUAUUCGGCCACAGAGACAAAAGAAUAUCAACAAGAAGAUGAAGCGGAUUGUGAUGAAUGAUGAGGUUACGGAUUAUGUGGAUGUGAAGGUUGAGGAGGCGGAUGAAGAGUUGAAAGCUGCGAGGGGUUUGUUUGCCGAGAAACCCUAUGGAGAAGAGGAAGAAGAAGAAGCGGCUGAUGGACAAGCGGAGAGAGAGAUUUCGAAGACACCAGAAGCGAAUGCGGAGGAUGGGAAUGCGUCUGAUAGUGGAUGA